UCAAUCUCAAGUCCCCGAAAUCCAGUCAAUUGAUGAAUCGCAACCGUAUAGCCCAUUAGACGUCAGCCGCACAUUUCCGGUAUUCAACCAGCACGUCGACAUUCCACUUUUCUGAACAUGCCAAACGAAACGGUCAACGGAGUUCCCAUAAAAUCCAUUGUCGAAAAGUCCCCGUUCGACCCUGCACUCGUCCAACGGAUUACCAGGCGCGAAGACAACAAAAAGUUCGCACUCGACGUGAUCGAGUCAGAUCCGCAAUGGCCCGUCCACUUCCAGACCUUUAAAUCCCGCAUCCUCGCAGCACUCGAGCAGCAAAGCCCCGCCGAUGAGGCGCGCAAAGACAACGCGCCCCAAGUCACUGUCCUGGCCGUCAACCACGUCGGCUCCACCGCGGUCCCCGGACUCGCCGCCAAAGCCAUCCUGGACAUCGACCUCAUCCUCUCCGACAACACUCUCGCGGCCGAAGCCUUCUACGUGCCGCGCCUCGAGGCAGCCGGCUUCCAAUUUCUGUUUCGAAACCCGCAGUGGCACGAGCAGCGCUUCUUCCGCUCCGAGCAGCCCAUGUACUGCCAUUUGCACGUCUUUGGUCCGCUAUGUCCGGAGGUGGAGCGGCACCGUAUCUUCCGCGACUGGUUAAGGGAGCAUGCUGAUGAUAGGGAGCUUUAUGCGAGCACGAAGCGGGAGGCCUCUGCUGUGACUAUAGCCAAAGGGGAGUUUAUGGAUGAGUAUAAUGCUCGAAAAUCGGGGGUGUUGCUGGGGAUAUACAAAAAGGCUUUCACUGAAUUGGGGUAUAUAUCUUGAUGAAGUAUGAAGAACUA